AUGACGCGCGGACGGCCCAUCUCAAAUGACCUUCGCCAUGCGGUGGUCAAGAUGCAUCUUGAAAGGCUUGAUACGAAGACUAUUUCACGCUAUCUGGGGAUUGGAAGGCGCUCAGUCCAGCGUAUCAUUGCAACAGUGCACUCUGAUCAGAAAAUCAUCUCUAACAAGUCUCAACGUCGUGGCUCGCCUCGGAAAAUGACAGAUGAUUGUAUUCAGGUUACCAAGGCAGCCCGAGAGCAAGAUAUAGACCGUCGAGCUGAAUAUUUCAAUAGAAUCUCACGCUACAAACCCCAUGAACGAGUCUAUGUUGAUGAAUCUCGCUUUGAUCAGCGUACAAGCCAACGUACCCGUGCUUGGGCUUUCCGGGGACAGCGAGCACUUCAGAAGGUAUUCUUCUUGAGAGGAAAAAGUUACUCUGUUCUACCAGCACUUUCCCUUUCGGGUGUUCUCCAUGUCAAAGUCGUGGAGGAUGCAUUCAAUAUGGAAACAUUUAAUCAGUUUAUUGCAGAAUUGCUCGAGAAGAUGAACAAAUAUGAUCCAGAGCACCAUCCUCCAAACUCUGUGAUCAUUCUCGACAAUUGCCGGAUUCACAAAGACCCAGAAAUGAUCCAGAUGGUUCAGCAACGUGGUAUGCGAAUUGAGUUCCUUCCACCAUACUCGCCCGACCUGAAUCCAAUCGAAUUAUGCUUUGCAGGGAUGAAAGCAUGGAUUCGGCGACAUAUGGAGGAAGCUAAGGAAUCAUGGAAUGACAAUAAUAACCCAAAUCAGGCUCGCUGGCUACUGUAUGAGAUGGCAUUCUACCCAACUCCUCGGAUGGCAUAUGCAUGGUUUGCACGAGCAGGGAUUGUGUAG